AUGGGCUCUACAGAUUCAGUACUGUACUCAGAUAAGUGUGAUGGCGACAUGAGUGAGCUGAGGAAGAGUGUGGAGAGCGACAGUGGGAAGAGUCCGGAGCCCUGCGAGGAAGAGCGGCCCAAGAAGAAGCACCGACGCAACCGCACCACCUUUACCACCUACCAGCUGCACGAGCUGGAGUGUGCCUUUGAGAAGUCCCACUACCCUGAUGUGUACAGCCGUGAGGAGCUGGCUAUGAAGGUUAACCUCCCUGAAGUCAGAGUUCAGGUAGGUUUGUCCACCACCAUUGUUACUGGUACUGUGCUGUGCUCUGGUCAACUCCUCUGAUUUUCUGGCAAAUCAUUGUGACAACAGCAGUUAGCAGUGAGCUCACAUUUGUACAAAUCUGAUCAGGUACAACCUUGGUCCAAUGUGAAUUCUUCCCCUCGGUAAGUUGAUUCGAGCUGAAUACAGUGAACAAAUUGCUAAUGUUUUCUAAUGAAAAACCUCACUGGGUCAGAAGUACCUUUUUUCAGUCUUUAGAUAAUAAUCAUGAGUGAUUACUUAUUAACUUUCGGGCAGAUUUCUAGAUCCUCAGGAGCUUCGAGGUCACUCACAGCAGGCAUUGUACUAUGAAUACAAGUGACAAAGCAAGCCAUGUCGUGUCCCCACUGGCACAGAUCUCUGGUUUUCUGAGGAUAGACAUUAGAAGCUUGUCUUAGCAGAGUCUAAGGGCAAAGUAUUAAAGCAGGUUGAAAUGAUUUAAGAUUGGCCUGUACAGGUUAAAUACUCCAUGCUGUAAAUACAACUAUAGCUGUUGUGCACGCAGGCCCUGGGGCAAAUCAUUAGAACUCACUAUAAUGGGCAAAUUGAUUCUUUUCCCAAAUCAACAAUUAUAUAAAUACCAUCUCUUAAUUUGUUUAUGAUUAUUUAUUUAGAUGGUUUAUUUGAAAAGGGACAGAUACUGUACAAAACAUUGACAUUAUGGACUUCUGCUGCUGAGGAAUGAUAGGACAUUAUACCUAAGGCCUCUAAGAUGUUCCACAUCAGAAGAUUAGCAUGCCCAUAGGUGCUCAGAGGCUCCAAUAGGUGCCAAACGUUCAAGUGUCACUGUCCAAGCCUUGCUGACAAUGGAUCGGGUCCCAGGUUCUCUAGGGCAGGAAUCUUCAAGUAUAUUCAGCCACGGGCCGAUUUUUUGUUGAGCGGAUGGUCGGGGGGCCGGAACAUAAUUAAACAUAAUUUGCAGACUGCAAAUUGACCACAAGAAGCCCAAACAGAUAUAAUAUUUGACUAAAACAUAAUAAUUUCAAACCUUGCUUACAUUUGUAUACAAUCACAUGUCUCUCUAUCAUGCGUGGGAAUACUUGGGAACAUAUUUCCUAAAUAAAAAUCACUUGGAGCUGAUUUCCUGGUGUUUUUACAGUCUUUUAUGUCCAACGAUGAAAAUUCAAAGAAAAUUGGGAAACCCUGCUCUAGGGACAUUCAAUAAAAUGUGCAAGGUGUUACAUACAGCAGGGUGGAGGGCCAAGUGUAGGUCAAGGCAAUUGAAGAUCUCAUAGGGUUGCAAAACUCCAGGAACUUUCAAUAAAUUCCCUUAUUCCAGAAAUCCUGGUUGGAGUAUUCGGGAUUUCCUGCUUACUCCCUCCUGAUUCCAACCGAGAGUUCAGGAAAACCAGGGAAUUUAUUGGAAGUUCACAGAAUUUUGCAACUCUAAGGUCUCAGAACAAUUAAAUUCAAUAAUACUUUAUUAUUUAUUUGAUACCAAGCCACCAAAAUAGGUAGCUUGAUAAUGCUAAUAUUAGCACUAAACUAACCCCAUUUGGCAUCAGUUGAAAUGCUCUGUGCUGUAAAUACUCAACCCUAUAAAUCCAAACCCUCUACCUUCUUCUAGGUGUGGUUUCAGAACCGCAGAGCCAAAUGGAGGCGCCAGGAGAAGAUUGACGCCAGUACCAUGAAGUUGCACGACUCACCCAUGCUCUCCUUCAACCGGCCGCCAAUGCACAGCAACAUGGGGCCCAUGAGCAACUCCCUCCCCCUGGACCCUUGGCUGACCUCCCCUCUGUCCAUCGCCACCCCAGUUCACAGCAUCCCAGGCUUCAUGGGCCCAGGCCAGGGCCCGCAGGGAGGCUACCCCAGCCACAGCUUCCUCAACAGCCCUCCACCCAUGGGCCAAGGGAUGCAGUCCAUGGCACCUCCUCCGUACCAGUGUUCCGGUACCUUCACCGACAAGUAUCUGAUGGAGGACGUGGACCAGAGGAGCUCCAGCAUCACAGUGCUGAGGAUGAAAGCCAAGGAACACAUCCAGUCCAUGGACAAAACCUGGCAGCCCAUGUGA